CGCUAUGGCAGGCGCGUCGUGCCGAACUGCAGCGGUUACUGAACUGCCCGGCUAAAUGUGACAAGACUGCUCAUGUGGCUCCCCCCACGGUCUCGGAAAGUUAAGCUUCUUAACUUUCUUCGGUGCAUCCUCAUCAACAUCCUCAUCAUGUAUCCGGAUCCUCUGAACCUCGCUCUCCUGCUGUUACUCUGUGCGGGGCUGCGCGUGGACGCGGCGGCCAUCGACGACGCGCCGGAGAUCAGAUCCGUCCGCGGCGCCGACUGCACCCUGACAUGCGGCGCUGAGGACAAGGCCGGUGUGGAGUACAGAGCCCUGAGGUGGUACAAGGUCAGGGAGCCCCCGAUGUCUCGCCUCAGCGGCCUUUUGACCCGGGACCUCCCCAACGGCACGACGAGGUGGUACACCGGCCUGGACCGAGAGGUGGAGCUGCUGGGCGAGUCCCGCAGCAUCUUCCUGCCCAACGUGACGUGCAGCGACAGCGGCGUAUACAUAUGCCACCUGGCGGCGCCUGUGGGAGAGCAGAACAGGGAGGGGCAGGUCCGCCUCACUCUGACAGAUUGUGACGACCAACUCACAGAGGAGCUGAUCACAGAUGCUUCCCUGGUUAUUUGCGCCACAGCGGUGCUGAUGGUGGCACUUGUAAUAUUCCUCAUAAGCUACGGUAGUCUGAAAAAUAUCCUCCAAGACAGAAGCAAGACAACAACAAAAAAAGAAACUUUAUUGGACGCACGACUAAAACCACUUGAAAAGAAGGACUUGAUGUUGAUUUACACUUUGGGUCCAAAACCAGUCACAAUGAAGCACAUCUGUGUUUAAAGACAAAGCCAGUGCUGAGAAAGCUUCACUGCCCGAUGACCUGGAAGACCCCCCCCUCUCUGAGCAACCCGUCGUGUGUUACACGUGAUUUUUGGGGUGAAAACCUUCACGAGAAAACAAAAUUGAAAUUUCCAGCAUGAGCGGGAGGACCAUCACUUUCAGCGUUAGCCACAGAAUCACCUCGUCACUAGCACACCGACGGUUAAUCCCUCCGGUGAGCAACAGCAGCUCCUAGAAAACCCCGACAGGAGCUAAAUAAAAAAAAGAAACAAACAAAAAAAACCCAAAAACAUGGACACAGAAAGUGAUCUUCCUUCCAGGACAGUAAGCGGCACAGUUGGAACUGGAGUCCGACACCCACCCUCCGCUGCUAUGGAGGGGUAUCUCCUCCAACGGGGCGGCUGUGGCUCAGGAGGUGGACGGGUCCAUCCCUCGCGCUUCCGCUCCACGUCCCGAAGUGUCCUUGGGCAAGACACUGAACCCCACAUGGCUCCCGAACACCACUGCAUGGUGCGCGUGCAGUUGGUCAUCAGUGUGUGUGUGUGUGUGUGUGUGUGUGGCUCACAGAUGAAGCAAACUAUAAAUGCCACAUCUACUAUUUUACUGAGGUGCCAGGAGCAACAGUUAGCUGCCCACGUUCCUCCCCGUCUCUGUGCAACGUAUGGCUUCUCUGCGGAGCAUCGUCCUCAGAUUUACUGCCAUUGUACCUGUUAGUUUAGGAACAUGCUCCGUGUAAGCACUUAAGUGGAGGAAUGAGGGCAUUAAAGGUAGGUCCUCACUCGGACACAGGGAUCCACGGAUCGGGUGACGGAUACGGAGGAGGACGACGACGACGACGCACACCUACGGGAACCUUUUGUAUAACAGCGGCCUCCUGUCGCCACAACUAGCAAUUACGGGAUGAGUGGUUCAUUUUAAAAUGUAGCACAUCAGUAGUCGAAGAGAGUCACGAAUAGAGCUGAACCGAGUGGUCGAUUAAUCGAUUACUCAAUGAAGCAAAAAUACGGAAGCAUUUUGUCAUUUUCCAGGCGCUCAAAUGAGAGGAUUUCCUGUUUUCCUUCUCCAUAAAUCAUUGUAAACUAAAUACUUUUGGGUAUUUGGACAUUUGGUCAAACAAAACAACUCGACAAUUUUUCCUGAUGUUUCAAGACUGAGCAAUUAAUCGAUUAACUGACACAGUAAUCAGCAGUUUGAGAACAAAGGGAUACGGUAGUUAGUCGCAGCCCUACUCAGAAAUACCACAAAGUUAUCUUAACUCAACGCCCUCUUAAAAGGUUUCCCCUGAGCAGUUUCGUUCCAGAAUCGAGAACUGACUGUGUCGGCCAGCAUUAGCAGCCAUAAUGUCCAGGUCACGUCAGACCAACUUAAACUGUAGCAGUGUGUGUGGAUGUAUUCAAGCAAUAAAAAUAGCUAACUGAUUAUGAAUUCAACAGAAAAUGUGAAUUUUUCUUUUUUUUUUCUAAAUCUUUACAGGUAUCUUUACUGGAUUUAGCAGUUAGAACUACAGAAAUUACUGAGCAAGGCUCAAGCUUUCGCUCAUUUUGGGUUUUAGCGUCUGCUGAUUGUUUUGUUUUGUAAAGUUCUGUCUUUUUUUAUGCCAUGUAACAAAGUUGUAAAGUUGUGAUAAAAUGCUUAAACCUUCAUGUUACAGACUAAUCCAGAAUGAUGUGUUUUUCGCUUUUGAACCAGGGAAAUUAUUUCUGAAAAUCACAUUUAACCCAUAUUUGUAGCAGACCUAGGAAUAGGUAGCGUCUGAGCAUAGUUUGAGGCUUUAUUCUACAUCUCUCUGCCUGGAAACUUCAGACCUACAUCGCACGCGUUGGGGGAAACCUCCACAUCAGGACCUUUCAGCUGCUGCGAGAGCCAAACCUCAGUGCCCUUUCAAAAGAAGAAGUCAAAAACACAAUCCGCUCUUCUCUGCUCUGCUUUUUGCAUUUCAUUUGAACUCCGCUCUCACACUGGGGACUGCCACGUCAGUGCCGCCUAGGCUUUUUAUUCUUAUGAGAUCAAUGACCCAUAGUAAGCCACUGGACUCUCUUCUUCUAUGAGGAACUAGAAAGAUGAAAAAAACCCCAAACAAACAGUGGAAAUCAAUGUUUUAUAUCCCCGUUUAUGUCUUUGUCGUCAAACGUUGUUGUGGGCUGGUGUUUGUGGUGUUGGUUUUUGUCAUUUGGCUCAAUCUGAGAUGUGUAUGUAGAUUUCUGCUUUGUAAAACUUUCCCCGUGAUGGAAAUUCAAAUGAUUUGAAAGUAAAGCGUGAAGAGAGGAGGACGCUGAGGCAGGAGGCUUUGUUUCAGACCUCUGAAAAGAAGGACCGAAAACCUUCGCUCUGUUUAUUGAUCAGAAGG